GGGCGGGACAACACGGAACAACACAGAAAGUGGCGGCAUAUUUAAGCUUUGCUGAAGAAAACAUCUCCACUCUCUUUCUGAGUCUUUCUCGACGUUCUUCAGGAGAGCAACACUCUCAAACACAGCCAGAGGUGAAAUGGCGCAGAUAGGAGUUCAGCUGGAAGAGGAAGCGAUUUCCUGUUCCAUCUGUUUGGAUCUACUGAAGGAUCCGGUGACUAUUCCCUGUGGACACAGCUACUGCAUGAACUGUAUUAAAGACCACUGGGACAAAGAGGAUGAGAAGAAAACCCACAGCUGCCCUCAGUGCAGGCAGAGCUUCACACCGAGGCCUGUCCUGGUGAAAAGCACCAUGUUAGCAUUUUUGGUGGAGGAGCUGAAGAAGACUGGACUCCAAGCUGCUGCUGCUGAUCUCUGCUAUGCUGGACCUAAAGAUGUGGCCUGUGAUGUCUGCACUGGGAGGAAACGAAAAGCCCACAACUCCUGUCUGGUCUGUUUGACCUCUUACUGUAAGGAACAUCUCCAACCACAUCAUGAUGUACCUCCUUUAAAGAAACACAAGCUGGUGGAGCCGUCAGAGAAGCUCCAGGAGAACAUCUGCUCUCGUCACGAUGAGGUGAUGAAGAUGUUCUGCCGUACUGAUCAGCAGUGUAUCUGUUAUCUCUGCCCAGUGGACGAACAUAAAGGCCACGACACAGUGUCCGUUGCAGUAGAGAGGACUGAGAGGCAGAGAGAGCUGGAGGGGAGUCGACACAACAUCCAGCAGAGAAUCCAGGACAGAGAGGAAGAUGUGAAGCUGCUUCAACAGGAGGUGGAGGCCAUCAAUGGCUCUGCUGAUAAAGCAGUGGAGCACAGUGAGAAGAUCUUCACCCAGCUGAUCCGUCUCAUGGAGAAAAGACGCGCUGAUGUGAAGCAGCAGGUCAGAUCCCAGCAGGAAACUGAAGUGAGUCGAGUCACAGAGCUUCAGGAGAAGCUGGAGCAGGAGAUCACUGAGCUGAAGAGGAAAGACGAUGAGCUGAAGAAGCUCUCACACACAGAGGAUCACACCCAGUUUCUACACAACUACCCCUCACUGUCAGCACUCAGUGAGUCUACACACUCAUCCAGCAUCAAGAUCCGUCCUCUCAAGUACUUUGAGGAUGUGACAGCAGCUGUGUCAGAGCUCAGAGACAAACUACAGGACGUCCUGAGAGACACAUGGACCAACAUCUCACUGACAGUGACUCAUGUGGAUGUUUUACUGUCACAACCAGAGAACAAGAUCAGAGCUGGAUUCUUGAAAUAUUCACGUGAAAUCACACUGGAUCAAAACACAGCACACGCACAUCUGUUACUAUCUGAGGGAAACAGAAAAGUAGCAUACGUGACUCAACCACAGUAUUAUUCUAUGCACCCAGACAGAUUCACUUACUGGUCUCAGGUCCUGAGUAGAGAGAAUCUGACUGGACGUUGUUACUGGGAGGUGGAGUGGAAGGAAGGACGAGUUGAUGUAGCAGUUGCAUACAAGAGUAUCAGCAGAGCAGGAAAUGUGAGUGUGUUUGGACGAAAUGACAAAUCUUGGUCAUUAGUUUGUGGCAAUGACAGAUAUAAAUUUUAUCACAACAACGUCCAAACUCCCGUCUCAGGUCCUCGGUCCUCCAGAGUUGGAGUGCACCUGGAUCACAGUGCAGGUAUUCUGUCCUUCUACAGCGUCUCUGACACCAUGACUCUCCUCCACAGAGUCCAGACCACAUUCACUCAGCCGCUCUGUGCUGGACUUUAUGUUUAUUCUGACUCUGCUGAGUUCAGUAAACUCAAAUCGACAGAAGUCAUUUAAGAGACAGUGAGUUAAACUUAUUCUGUCUUCAUGUUUGUGACUGAUUGUUGAGUUGUCUUCAUCUGUCAAUCAAACAUUGUGGGUGGUACUUUGACAUCUUGGAAGAUCAUUUAUUGUGUUCUUGUACGUAGCUGAGAUUCAAACAAAGUGAUUGUGUGGAUGAAGUGAAAUCAUUGAACAGACUUUACUGAUGGGACGUGUGAACAAACUGAAGCUUUACAUCAUGAAUAAACCAACAUGAACAAAGUC